UUACCAUAAUGGCUAGUAAAUGUACCAUACAAUUUGACAACAAUCCAUUUGGCAUCUAUUAUGCCGGUCAAAUUGUCUCCGGCACAGCCGAAUUAAUAACAACACGUCCCAAAACUAUACGCUCUAUUUUUAUAACCAUAAGUGGUUUUGCUGAAGUACGCUGGACUGAGAAUAUAACGAAACAGGAUACUCAGGGUAAUCGUGAAAAGGCCAUCGAAACCUAUUCGUCGUCCGAGUUGUAUUACAGCAAUGAGAAAUACGUGUAUGGUCAAAGUGGUGGUGCACAAUUGGAGUUGCCAGCCGGCAAAUAUGUCUUUCCAUUCCAAGGUACUAUACCACCAAAUGCUCCCACCUCACUCAACGGUGCCUGGGGUCAAAUACAACAUGAGGUGUCCGUAGUUGUGGAUCGUGUUAUGCGCUAUAAUAAUGUAUUUAAAAAGGCUUAUACUGUGGUGUCGCCCUACGAUUUAAACUUAAAUCCAAAUCAUGCGAAACCUUUACAAAAAAUCGAAGAAAAAACCUUCUGUUGGAGUUUAUGUUGUGGCACCAAGGGACCCAUGGUUAUGAGCGUUAAAGUACCCUUUGCAGCCUAUGCACCCGGACAAAAAGUACGCUUCAAUGUAGUAUUAGACAAUCAAUCCGAUGUACAUUGUUCGGAUGUAAAAGUGCGUCUAAUGAAAAAGAUUAUCUAUACAAGUCGUAGUCCCGAAACGAAAACAAAAGAAACCGAACUUAAAGUAUCCGAUAAUCAUUGUGGCGAAGUGGUAAAGCUAAAUAAAGCCGAAUUUAAUGAGUUUUUGCAAAUUCCCUCGACUACACCGUCUUCUCUGGAAAGUUGUAGUAUUAUAAAAGUUUCAUAUACCUUGAAAUUUAUAGCAAAAGUGUCACGCAUACAUGGCGACUUAGUUAUAGAGUUUCCAUUUAGCAUUGGUACAGUUCCGUUAUAUGCUAGCACUGCGGAUGAGGGAGCCAUAACAACACAACCGGGUAGUGGACCCAUGUAUAAACCUAUACCUCCCCCCAUGUUUGAAGAAGAUGUGCGUUCAGAACAAUUUGAAAGUAAUACUUUUAAGCCCAGAUAUCCAGUAUUUUUAAAUGACCCAAGUAUGUCUACAAAUGGCACAAGCGGACCUUCGGGUCCACCACCAUCAGCUGCCCCAGCCAGCAAUAAUUUAUAUCCCACAGCUAAUAUAUCAGCUGUUACACCUACCCCACCCCGAGCUGCCAUAACACCAUCUGCACCCCCACCAUCAGCUCCCGAAAUGCAACCUUUAAAUCCAGCUCAUGUUAUGCCCAGUCCUUCUCAACCAUUUAGUCAGCAUAAUACUCCUAAGGCAGGUACCAACAAUCAGCCACCUCUUGAAGUUAUGGGUUUCAGUUUGCCUCCCGAUUAUGAGCCAACUGCAGCAGAUUCCACUGGAAAUAUUGGCUGGAAAUAAAUUUGAAGUAUUAUACAUACAUACAUUAUGAACAAGAGAUAACUAAAUACGAUCCUUUAUUGAAAACAAAAAUAUGUAUUCAUUUUAAGUAUAAACGCAUGAUAAUUUGAAAUAAUA